AUGACGUCACGAGUUUCGCGGUUGGAUCGACAGGUUAUAUUAAUAGAGACCGGUUCCACCCAGGUAGUCCGGAAUAUGGCUGCCGAUCAAAUGGGAGACUUGGCCAAACAACAUCCUGAAGACAUUCUUUCAUUGUUGUCUAGGGUUUACCCCUUUUUACUGGUCAAAAAAUGGGAAACGCGUGUUACCGCAGCAAGGGCUGUAGGUGGCAUAGUUGCCCACGCUCCUUCUUGGGACCCGAAUGAAUCCGAUUUGAUAGGCGGUACAAAUGAAGGCUCUCCGCUAGAUAACGCCCAGGUAAAGUUGGAACAUGAAAUAAAAGUAAAAUUAGAGGAAGCUACUCAAAAUGAUCAGCUGAACCUUUUACAAGAGGAUCAGAAUCUUAAUUCCUUAUCUGAUUGGAAAUUGAACGAAAUUUUUAAAUCAGGUAAAGUGCUCCUGGCAUCCAGUAUGAAUGAUUAUAAUGUUCUUGGUAGGGCAGAUGAUAAUGUAAGGAAACAGGUCAAACCAGAUGAUAUGAAGCAAGAAAUACCUAUGAUCAAUACCGCUGAUAAUGUGAGUGAGAAUAAGGCACAUGCUAGUAAGAAAUCAGCAAGAAUGCUCGCCAUGGCGAGGCGAAAGAAGAAAAUGAGCGCUAAAAAUACUCCCAAGCAUCCUGUGGAUAUAACUGAAAGUUCAGUUUCCAAGACUUUACUAAAUGAAAAAAAUGUAACCAACUCUACUGCAUCCUCAGCCACUUCUCCCGCUAGUAAUCAACUAAAUCCCAAGCUGGAAAUAACUGAACAAGCUGACGAAAAUAAAUUAAUGAUUGAAUCCACGGUAAGGCCGUUACUAGAGCAACAUGAAAUUGUGGCGGGUCUAGUCUGGCAAUUUCAAGGUAUUUAUGAACUACUUCUAGAUAAUCUCAUGAGCGAGAACUGGGAAAUAAGGCACGGUGCUGCAUUAGGUCUUCGGGAAUUGGUGAAGAAACAUGCCCUUGGGGUUAGCAGGGUUAAAGGUAAGACAAGAGAGGAAAAUAAUCUAAGAAAUUCAAAAAGUUUAGAGGAUUUGGCGUCUCGUCUACUCACAGUAUUUGCAUUGGAUAGAUUUGGCGAUUAUGUUUAUGACACAGUUGUUGCUCCCGUACGAGAGUCAAUUGCUCAAACUUUAGCUGCAUUAUUAAUUCAUCUGGACAGUACUUUAUCCAUUAAAAUUUUCAAUUGUUUGGAACAAUUGGUUCUACAAGAUCCAUUGCAGACAGGUCUACCAAAUAAAAUAUGGGAAGCUACCCAUGGGGGGCUUUUAGGAAUCCGUUACUUUGUCAGCAUAAAGACAGAUUUCUUAUUUGCCCACGGUCUUUUAGAGAAUGUUGUCCGGAUAGUGUUGUAUGGUUUAAACCAAACCGACGACGAUGUACAAAGUGUAGCAGCCUCGAUUUUAACUCCGAUAACGAGCGAGUUUGUCAAGCUAAACAAAUCUAGUAUUGAGAUCCUGGUCACCACUAUAUGGUCACUACUGUCUCGUUUAGAUGACGAUAUAUCUUCCAGUGUAGGUUCUAUAAUGGAUCUGUUAGCAAAGUUGUGUGACCAUCAACAAGUACUAGACAUUUUAAAAAACAAAGCACUAGAACAUCCUUCUGAAUGGUCAUUCAAAUCUUUGGUGCCGAAACUGUACCCAUUUUUGCGCCAUUCAAUAUCAUCCGUAAGAAAGGCCGUUUUGAAUUUACUUAUUGCAUUCUUAUCAAUAAAGGAUGACUCCACCAAAAAUUGGUUGAACGGCAAAGUAUUCCGUCUAGUAUUUCAAAAUAUUCUGCUGGAGCAAAACCCGGAACUAUUGCAACUGUCGUUUAACGUUUAUGCCGCAUUAUUAGAGCACUAUAAGGUCAAGCAUACUGAAAAGACUUUGGACCACGUUUUUAGUAAACACUUACAGCCAAUAUUACACCUCUUAAACACUCCGGUUGGGGAAAAGGGUAAGAACUACGCAAUGGAAUCACAAUACAUUUUAAAACCUUCCCAACAUUAUCAAUUACAUCCGGAAAAAAAAAGAUCUAUUUCGGAAACCACAACAGAUUCAGACAUUCCAAUACCAAAAAAUAGUGAACACAUCAAUAUAGAUGCGCCUAUGAUUGCUGGUGAUAUCACUUUGCUAGGUUUGGAUAUAAUACUUAACACUAGAAUAAUGGGAGCUAAGGCAUUUGCUUUGACAUUAUCAAUGUUUCAAGAUUCUACACUUCAGUCCUUCUUUUCGAAUGUUUUGGUCCGUUGUCUAGAGCUACCUUUCUCUACUCCGCGUAUGUUGGCAGGAAUCAUUGUUUCACAGUUCUGUUCUUCUUGGUUGCAAAAGCAUCCGAAAGGGGAAAAGCUACCUUCCUUUGUAGCAGAACUCUUUAGCCCUGUGAUGAAUAAACAGUUGCUAAACCGCAAUGAGUUUCCUGUAUUCAGGGAGCUUGUCCCGAGUUUAAAGGCUCUAAGGACACAAUGCCAGAGUUUACUGGCUACAUUUGUGGAUGUAGGUAUGCUGCCCCAAUACAAAUUACCAAAUGUAGCAAUUGUGGUCCAAGGUGAAACGGAAGCUGGCCCACACGCAUUCGGUGUAGAAACUGCAGAAAAAGUAUACGGUGAAUACUAUGAUAAAAUGUUCAAAUCCAUGAACAACUCUUACAAGCUGUUGGCUAAGAAACCUUUAGAGGAUUCAAAGCAUCGUGUUCUAAUGGCAAUUAAUGCAGCCAAAGAAUCUGCCAAACUUCGCGCAGGUAGUAUUCUCGCAAACUAUGCAUCAUCAAUAUUGUUGUUUGAUGGCCUCCCUCCCAAGUUGAAUCCCAUUAUUAGGUCACUUAUGGAUAGCGUUAAAGAAGAAAGAAAUGAGAAAUUGCAAACGAUAGCAGGAGAGUCGGUUGUACAUUUAAUUCAAAAAUUGCUAGAAAAUGAUAAAAUAAAUGUUUCUGGUAAGAUCGUCAAAAAUCUUUGCGGAUUCUUAUGCGUAGAUACUUCAGAAGUUCCUGAUUUCUCUGUGAAUGCAGAAUAUAAAGAAAAAAUACUGACGCUAAUAAAAGAAUCUAACUCAAUUGCUGCUCAAGAUGACAUCAAUUUGACAAAAAUGUCAGAAGAAGCACAACUAAAAAGGAAAGGUGGGUUGAUUACCUUGGAAACGCUAUUCGAAGUUCUUGGGCCUUGUGUACUACAAAAGUUACCUCAAUUAAAAUCGAUUCUAUUCGAUUCCCUAUCUAGCCACGAAGAUCUGCAAAUAGACAAAAUUGACAAUGUUCUAGGUCAAAAAAUAGUGGACUCAUUCGGCGUUUUGAGAGCAUUAUUCCCAUUUAUGUCUGUUUCGUUACGUUCAAGUGAGGUUUUUACUCGUUUCUCUAUUCUGUUAACAUUCUUAAGAUCGAGCUUAUCUGUUUUCCGUUAUUCAGCUGCAAGAACAUUUGCCGAUCUAGCUAAAAUUUCUUCCGUGGAGGUAAUGGCUUAUACCAUUCGUGAGAUUUUGCCUCUAAUGAAUAGUGCUGGUUCUCUAUCUGACCGUCAAGGGUCCACUGAACUUAUUUAUCACUUGUCGCUUUCGAUGGAAACGGAUGUUUUGCCUUACGUUAUUUUCCUAAUAGUCCCACUUUUGGGUCGUAUGAGUGAUUCAAAUGAAGAUGUGAGAAAUUUGGCCACAACAACGUUUGCUUCCAUUAUUAAAUUAGUUCCUCUAGAGGCUGGUAUCGCCGAUCCACAAGGACUGCCAGAAGAGUUAGUGACCAGCAGAGAAAGGGAGCGUGACUUUAUUCAACAAAUGAUGGAUCCCUCUAAAGCUAAACCUUUUAAAUUACCCAUUGCUAUCAAGGCCACUUUGAGAAAAUACCAGCAGGAUGGUGUUAAUUGGUUGGCAUUCCUAAACAAAUAUCAUUUACAUGGAAUAUUAUGUGACGAUAUGGGUUUGGGUAAAACAUUACAAACAAUUUGCAUUAUUGCAAGUGAUCAAUAUUUAAGAAAGGAAGAUUACGAGAAAUCACAUUCUGUUGAAAGUAGGGCCUUACCAUCUCUCAUAAUCUGUCCUCCAUCCUUGACUGGGCAUUGGGAGAACGAAUUUGACCAAUAUGCCCCCUUUUUGAAGGUUGUUGUUUAUGCUGGUGGACCAACCGUCAGGUCAAGUUUGAGAUCACAGUUGGAAUGUGCCGAUAUUAUAGUAACAUCAUAUGAUGUAGCUAGGAAUGAUCUCGCAGUUCUAAACAAAACUGAAUACAACUACUGUGUUUUGGACGAGGGACAUAUCAUUAAGAACUCUCAAUCAAAACUUGCGAAAGCUGUUAAAGAAAUUACUGCAAACCAUAGAUUAAUUUUAACUGGUACUCCCAUUCAAAAUAACGUUUUGGAACUGUGGUCUUUGUUUGAUUUCUUGAUGCCGGGAUUUUUGGGAACCGAAAAGAUGUUUCAAGAAAGGUUUGCUAAGCCUAUUGCUGCGUCAAGGAAUAGUAAAACAUCGUCUAAGGAGCAAGAGGCCGGUGUGUUGGCUUUAGAAGCUUUGCAUAAGCAAGUCUUACCCUUCAUGCUAAGAAGACUAAAGGAGGAUGUCUUGUCUGAUUUGCCUCCUAAAAUCAUCCAGGAUUACUAUUGCGAAUUAGGUGACUUACAAAAACAACUAUAUAUGGAUUUUGCUAAGAAGCAAAAAAAUGAGGUUGAAAAAGACAUUGAAAAUCCUGAGAUUGCCGAUGGUAAACAACAUAUUUUUCAAGCUUUGCAAUAUAUGAGAAAGUUGUGUAAUCACCCAGCCUUGGUUUUAUCGCCGAAUCAUCCGCAAUUAGCACAGGUUGAAGAUUAUUUAAGGCAAACUGGUUUAGAUUUGCAUGAUAUAAUCAAUGCUCCAAAACUAAGUGCAUUAAGAACAUUACUCUUUGAAUGUGGUAUAGGUGAGGAAGAUAUGGACAAAAAAGCGAGCCAAGAUCAAACAUUCCCCAUACAAAAUGUCAUAUCACAACACAGAGCGUUAAUCUUCUGUCAGCUAAAAGAUAUGCUAGACAUGGUCGAGAAUGACUUGUUUAAAAAGUAUAUGCCCUCUGUGACAUAUAUGAGAUUAGAUGGAAGCGUCGAUCCAAGAGAUAGGCAAAAGGUUGUUCGUAAAUUCAAUGAAGAUCCAUCUAUUGAUUGCUUAUUAUUAACUACCAAGGUGGGUGGAUUGGGCUUGAACUUGACUGGUGCAGACACUGUUAUUUUUGUAGAGCAUGACUGGAAUCCAAUGAAUGAUUUACAAGCUAUGGACAGAGCUCAUAGAAUUGGUCAAAAAAAGGUCGUUAAUGUUUACAGAAUUAUUACUAAAGGCACACUGGAAGAAAAAAUCAUGGGGUUACAGAAAUUCAAAAUGAACAUUGCUUCUACUGUUGUAAACCAGCAAAAUAGUGGAUUAGCUUCCAUGGAUACACACCAAUUACUUGACCUUUUUGAUCCCGAUAACGUUACUUCUCAAGAAAAUGAAGAAAAGAAUAAUGGCGAUUCACAAACAGCAAAAGGCAUGGAAGAUAUCGCUAACGAAACUGGCUUAACAGGUAAAGCCAAAGAGGCCCUUGGUGAACUGAAGGAGCUAUGGGACCCAUCUCAGUACGAGGAAGAGUAUAAUUUAGACACCUUCAUCAAAACUUUACGAUAA